CUCUUCCCCGCCCACCUUUCCCUGGCUCGGGCUCUCCCUCCUCCCAGUCGCCGGGUUUUCCCCGCCCCCGUCAACGUCUGGGCACGUCCCCCUCGCGGCGCGGGCCACGCACUGUAGUGCUCUUAACCUCUGCCCGCCCGGCGCGGAGUUAGAGGCCGGGUCUGCGCGGGCCGCGCGCACUGUUGGUGGCGGCAGCCCGGGCCUGCAGCCCCGCCGGGCGGAGGAUGACUUGCUACCGAGGCUUCCUGCUGGGCAGCUGUCGGCGUGUGGCAGGCGGCCGGGCGGCGGUGCUGAGGGGGCCGGGCGCGGGAGGCCCCGCCGCGCGGCCGCGGCUCUGCGGUGACGGCGGCGGCCGGCGACACCUGGGGCAGGGGCAGCUGCGCGAGCUGGCGGGCUGUGGCAGCCGCCCCGAAGGCGGCUUCCGCCCCUCGCGGGUGGUGGUGGUGGCCAAAACCACCCGGUAUGAGUUCGAGCAGCAGCGGUACCGUUACGCGGAGCUUUCGGAGGAGGAUCUGAAGCAGCUGCUUGCAUUGAAAGGCUCUAGCUACAGUGGACUGCUUGAACGGCAUCAUAUUCACACCAAAAAUGUAGAGCAUAUUCUAGAUAGUUUACGGAAUGAGGGAAUUGAGGUUCGCCUAGUAAAGAGGAGAGAAUAUGAUGAAGAAAUUGUUCGAUGGGCAGAUGCUGUCAUAGCUGCAGGAGGUGAUGGCACGAUGCUUCUGGCGGCAAGUAAAGUCUUGGACAGACUUAAACCAGUUAUUGGAGUAAACACGGAUCCAGAACGGUCUGAGGGUCAUUUAUGUCUUCCUGUUCGAUAUACACAUUCCUUUCCAGAAGCCUUACAGAAGUUCUAUUGUGGUGAGUUCAGGUGGUUAUGGAGGCAACGAAUCAGAUUGUACCUUGAAGGGACUGGCAUAAACCCUGUUCCCGUGGACCUUCACGAACAGCAGCUGAGUUUGAAUCAACAUAGCAGAGCCUUCAACAUUGAAAGAGUUCAUGAUGAAAGACCUGAGGCUUCAGGACCCCAGCUUUUGCCAGUGAGGGCACUAAAUGAAGUCUUCAUUGGGGAGAGUCUAUCAUCCAGAAUGUCUUAUUCUUGGGCUGUAGCAGUGGAGAAUUUAAGAAGAAGUAUACCCACUCUAAAGGGACUGGCUUCCUACUAUGAGAUUUCAGUUGAUGAUGGUCCAUGGGAAAAACAGAAGAGUUCAGGGCUCAAUUUGUGUACUGGAACAGGAUCAAAGGCCUGGUCAUUCAAUAUUAACAGGGUUGCGACCCAGGCUGUGGAAGAUGUUUUAAAUAUUGCAAAACGACAAGGAAAUUUAAGUCUUCCAUUGAACAGAGAAUUGGUAGAGAAAGUAACAAAUGAAUAUAACGAAUCGCUGCUCUAUAGUCCAGAAGAACCAAAAAUACUUUUCAGUAUUCGAGAACCAAUAGCAAACAGAGUUUUCUCCAGCAGUCGUCAGCGCUGCUUCACGUCAAAGGUAUGUGUUCGAUCUCGUUGUUGGGAUGCCUGCAUGGUUGUGGAUGGAGGUACUUCUUUUGAGUUUAAUGAUGGAGCAAUUGCCUCGAUGAUGAUCAAUAAAGAAGAUGAGCUUCGAACUGUGAUUCUAGAGUAAUGAAAAAUUUCCUCAGAUGACAAAUUUUGAUUACUGGGAAAAUACGUUCACUGCGGAAACAGACUACCAAUCAUAAAGCUACAUGUUUUGGUUAUUGUUGAGACUGGUUGGCCCUGAGCUCCAAAGGUGACCAAGGAAGUGAGAUUUGCAUUAUUCUUCUUUUGGAUUUGGAUAAAAAAGAUGUUCACUGUGUUAGAGAAUGGAUGGACUAAACUGAUCAGAAUUUAUACUUCUACAUUGCUUAUAGUUGGUAUCAAAGAGUACUGAUACAUUUUUAAAUUUAGAGAGGUAAGCUCAAAUAAAGGAUUAAAUGUUUAAGAUUUGAAAUUUCACUGUACAAGGUUUUUUUUUUCCCUUUCCUAACUUUGUGGAAUUGGUCAGACCAACAUAUAUCAUUUAAUUAGGGUAUAUUUUUUAUAGUACCUAAAAAUCAAGAUUUUUAAAAAAUUUUGAUGGAGAAUUUUUGAUAAAUCCUGACAUUGACCUAACUGAAGUAGGUAAAUGUGUUUUUUAUAUGUGCUUAGAAUUUUCUAAUUUCAGAGGACAAUACUGUUAUGGCUCUAUUGAUUUAAGAAGUUCAAAUCAUUUUUGAAAUUAUCAAUGUUUUCAUUUAAUUGAUUUUCAGGUUAAUUUUGACAGUUCUGGGUGAAAUACAUAUAUCUGGACAAAAUCAUGAUACUGUUGCAAAUGUAUUAAUUAUCCAAUAGCUAUUUGAGGGAAGAGACUUUUUUAAAUGGUUUUGAGUCUUAAUAGAUUCCUUCCAUAUUUAAAACUCUAACAUGGAAUCAGAGACUAUAAGAAUGAACUGAUUAGACGUAUUCUAUUAGGAGUUUGGUAAAACCUUUUAAAAAUAUUUUCAUCCAGUAUUAUGAGGUUUGUCAGAAAAUGGAUUCUUUAAUAAAUAUGCAAAACACAAUUAGUUGGAAUUGCCUUGCUUUUAAUAUCAUGGUAGUUUUCACUAGCUCAUAUUCCAUGUUUUUACACAUUAGCUUUGGGAGAUAAAAUGUUAUGGCUUCUCUUGCCCUCCCUCUACUAUGAGAUUUCCUUUAGUUUGAGAGGAAAUUAUCUAAUUAUUGAUCUACUUACAAGUAAUCCUAGAAUUUUCACAAAAAGCACCUAUUGCUGUGUCAUGAGACAACUGGUAAUCUCAUGCCAUUUAUUCAAAGUUGUAUCUGUUUUUUUUCACUUGCUGCUAAAAAGUUCAACAUUGAAAUAUUUAUUCAACACAUACCUUGUGCCAUGUACUGUGUCAGAUGCUGGAUCUCAGUUGAUCAAUGAAAAAGACUGUCCUGAUAGAACUUGAGACGAGUGGGCUCAAAUUCUGUGAGAGCUAGGAUAUAUAAUCAAAUUGAGUGCUAUUACUUUUGCCAACAUUUAAUAUGUUCUUGUCAAAUUUUUAAAUAAAUGUUACUAUACAAAGGUAAUCUAGGUUUUGAUGUAUAUCCAGAACAAGAAUCUGUUUUUCUUUUCGAAGAGUAUCUGCAUAGACGUUCAAAGCAGUGUUUACAUGAUGUGUACAAUGAAAAUUAGUGUUUUCCCAGAGCUGGAUCUAGUUUCUGGCUUGAUUUAAAAAUGUACUGAAGAUAACACUUUAUGAAGUGAAAUUCCAUACCAUAAAAAUUCCUCUAAGAAGUUUAAAAUACCUUGACAAAAAUGCCAACUCUAUCCAAAAUGGUACCAUAGAUCUGUUAAUGUUACAUAUUAAUAGGCAAUCUGCUCUGUAAAAUUGUUCAUAAGCCAUAUUUUAAAGGUUUAAAAAAUAGUUAAUGUGCUGCAUUUGCAGUAUAACUAACAUUUCUGCUAGGUGUUGGGGAUUUAUUUAAGAGAUAAGAGGCAAAGGAUAUUGCAAUAGAAGAAACGUGUUUAUGAAUGAGUUAACCUUUUAAUGGCAACUAUGUGAAUAAACAUAAUUAAACUGGUA